AAACAACCGAAGGUCGACGCUGUUCUCGAUCUCGAUAAAGUAUUUUUGGUUAGGUUAAUAGCUGUGUAGAAGAUAUUUUAACAUGAUUUCAGUGAUCAAGUAAUUGCAUUACGAUACAAUGGAUGUCACAGGAGAUUUGACGUUGCAAUGGGUCGAGGAGGUAGGAAAUGUUAUCCACGAGGAAGUAAUAUGCGGUUUAGAGGCAGAGCUAGGUGCACCGGAGGAGGAGGUGAUAGGGGCUUGCGAGGAAGUUACAGUGGAGGAAACGGUUGAAUCUGUACCUGAUGUUGCUCCUACAACAGAGUCAGAGAUAUUAAUGGUGUCACAGACUAGCGAUAUGGAAUCUAUUUAUAUAGUACCACAAGAUCAAGGUCACGAUUACCUAAAUAUACAAGUCACAGAGGAAGUGAUUGCUGAUACUUGGGAUAGAUCUGGUCCUGAAGAUGGAGUUGAGAUACCAGAUACAAAAGUGGCUCAUGAUAACUUGUUAGAAUACGACGACAUGGAAAUUCCAUUACCAAUUGACCAAGAUUCUUAUACGAAUAUGAGACCGUAUCCCUGUGACUUCUGUAGCCGAAGGUUCAGGAAAAAAGCAAAUUUAAUGAAUCAUAUGGUGGCACAUCAGACUGAUCGUCCUCAUGGUUGCAACCUGUGCGGAGCACGUUACGCCAGAAAAUGCGAUCUCAUGAAUCAUUUGAAGAUUCACGCGUAUGCACCAUCUCGCGAUGGUCUGGAGGAUGAUCUGAAUGAUGAUGACUCAUUGGCACAGGAGGAAGAAGAAUCUGCCAAAGGUAGACGUAAGAAAGUCCAAUCGAGUGCACCGAGAAAACGCAAAAACAACUCUGCUAUUCCCAAACGCAAUAUCGAGGAGAGUAAAAUGGAAAUGGGCAAGUACGUCGCUAAAUCUUACGAUUAUGUUGACGAGGAUAUGCGUCUGUUAGAGGAAAUGACUAGUAGAAAUUCUACACGCAGUGGUAACUAUGCAUCGAGCUCAAGAUGGAAUGAACAGAUAUCACCUGUGUCAACUGAACCUCAAGCACCACGAUGGCCUAUAACAGAUCCAACAAAACCAUAUGUAUGUCAAUACUGUGGUGUUGGCUUUGCAAGGGAAAAAGCAUUAGCAUCUCAUGCGCGCGUACAUGGCGGUGACAGUCCAUUUGAAUGCACAUCAUGCGGUGACAUGUUUUGGGAUGUAAACAGUUUACGAGAACAUGUUCGUAUCAAACACGGUGGGACAGUACAAUCGGAUACAGAAGAGUAUGACAAUGAUGCAACAUAUACAGGCGACGAGAGAUUUGGAGAAUUCUAUUGCAACACUUGUGGUGUUCCUUUUCACCGUUUAGAUUUACUUAAACGUCAUCAAAAGAUUCACGUCAAACAAGAAGAUGAUAUGGUUGAUGGUUUGAACCAACAUCACGUUUGCAAUGUCUGUGGAGAAUGGUUCGAAGAGGCUUUAGCAUUGUUAGCGCACGCCGAACUUCAUGCAAGAUCACCCAGUCGUCGGUGCUUAUUAUGCGGUGAAAGAUGUCGCGACGACGCUGAAGUCGCGGAACACGUUCGACAAAACCACGCCGAAGAUGCGCCACCAAAUACGUGUACUCUCUGUGGGAAAACAUGUAAAGAUAAACGCAGUUUACUAAAACAUUCAUGGGUUCACAAUGUUGACAAAACUUUUGGAUGUACAAAGUGUGGAAAACGUUUUCACAGCAAAGCUAGAUUACGAAGACACAUGGUAUCACAUCGUAAUAAGAUGGUAGCCUGUGAUGAAUGCGGAGAGGAAUUCCCCGAUGGUAGAGCUCUCGUUAGCCAUCGUCAUUCGCAUAAUAAAGAUCUGGGCGGACGUUCCUUUCCAUGUAGGGAAUGUGGAAAAACAUUUGGAAGUCGCAGUUCACAGCAGAUUCACAUACGUAUUCACACUGGAGAGAGACCAUACGGUUGUAGAUUUUGUUGGAAAGCCUUCGCUGACGGUGGAACUUUGAGAAAACACGAGCGUAUUCAUACAGGCGAAAAACCGUAUGGAUGCGCGAUCUGUCCUCGUGCUUUUAAUCAAAGAGUUGUUCUCAGAGAACACGUGCGUGCUCAUCAUUCAGGUCCCGAUCCAAAAUGCGUAGGUAGCAUUACCCCGUACCUAUGUAAAGUAUGUGGUGACGCGUAUGGAACAUCAGAGGAGAUAGUUGCGCAUAUCGUACAACACUGUGACGAUAACACUGCAUUGAGACGUCAACCGCAAACUGGACCACGUAAAUAUAAAAGAAGACGCAAACUUAAACCUCAUGAAACCAACACGAUGCUGCGUAUGAGCGACCAAUACGACAUGAUGGAAGGAGGCUCCGAUUCUGACGAUAACACGAAAAGAAAACUUGGUAGAAAGAAUAAGCAACAUCGGUCAAACGUCGAAGAGGGAUAUCAAAAUGUUCUUAAAAGCUUUGAGAGCUCUCUACAGAAUAUAAAUUCAAUCGUUAGUAAUUCGAAGUUAAAUCCAGGCAAGUCCAAGCUUUCCAAGAAGAAGCUCAGAAAGGAAGAGAAGAAAAACGAAGCCCAAGCUUCGUGUCAUCCUGGCAGGCCAAAAAUGAUUCACACGCAAAAAACAAGAGUGCCUGUAGAAAUAGGUAGUGACGGAGUAAAAAAAGGACAAAAAACUAAAACUAUGGUUACAAGGACUCCUAAAGUGAUGCCAAAUGAACAUAAGUUAGGAAUUUUUCCAGGUGGGGAAAGAAAUAGACCAAGAACAAAAAACGUCAGUUAUCAUAUCGAAGGAAAACUUCAACCGACACCUGCAACAUUCCUGAAACCGCAAGAUGAAACUCCUGAAGUUCAGAUGCCAAUGUUAUUAACGAAUAUAAAGCUGGAACCUAAUGCGCAGAAACCACCGAGCAACAAUCACAGAAAUAACAAUGGUAAUAUCCUUGCUAUUAAACAAGAGAAGAUGGAUUCAACAUCUAGGAAAAAGUCGGGUGUCUUGAAAAAGAUGAAAAAACAGAAGCUUGGAAUUAAGCAAGAGCCAAUGGAUAUCGAUCAGGAGCAAAUACAAAACAAUAAUAAUACUGAGAAUACAGACACCGCAAGAUUAAUGGAACAUUCGGUAGAUGGAAGUAACUUGGAGAUAGCAUUCGAAGCGAGUGUUAUGGCCGAAGAAGAAAAUAUGCUUUCCAAUGUGGCCGAAGUAAAUAAUAGCGGGAACGUUAGCACUGGGAACGUACAACUUAGUAUAAAAGUUGAAUCGACACCUCAACGAAUGUUGUCUGUUCAUAGUGUUAUAACACCUGAUGAUAUUGUCCCAGAAACUAUAAUACCAGAUGCUGUAGAAUAUACUUGUGAGAUGUGUUCCGCAGUAUUUUCCAGUCGGGCAGAGUUAUUGGUGCAUGUUCCAAUACACAUUUGAUUUAAUUUGUUCAAUGCGAUUAAAAGAGGUAUGCGAAUUUGUUCUAUUUUAAGAAUAUUUGUUUAUCAAGCAAUAUUUUAACGUGGUCAAUGAAGGUUUUCCGAUUUCUUCGAAUUGGCAUUAUGUUACUAUGCCAAAAUGUCCUCUACUUGUUGCUCUAUGAAGUGUACUAGAUUUUUGUGUUUAACAUAUAUUUUAAAAGUUGAUGCUGUCUUUAGUUUAUUGUGUCAUUCAGAAGUACCUAGAAACUUUCGAAUGUACUCGUUUUCAAUUUCAUAAUAUCGUUAUAUCCUUUUUAUACUACUCAUGUUUCUACCAAAAAAAGCUAUUUGGCUCAAAAUUCAUAUUAAAUCAUGACACAAUGUGAAAUGUUACAAAUAUUUUAUACGUUUACGAUGUAUGAAGCCAGUUACCCUCGUCAAAGAAUUAACAUCUUAGAUCGCUCUUUUUGCUAUCCACAAUUUUAUGAUAAAAAUUGAUAAAAGAGAAAAAAGAAAUAAUGGCACUUUAUGUACAUAAAAUGCUGAAGCAUUCUAAAUAUUAAAGCGGGUGUGUUCUAUAAUAAUACUACUCAUUUAUAAAAAUUAAAUUUAUCUUGUACAUUUGCUUUUAGCUCCUAAGUAAUUAGAUAUGUGACAACCAAUGCAUUGAAUUACUAUGAUAGACCAUUUGUAUGCAAUAUUACCAUCUAACAUAAGGUUGUUUUUCAUACAUUAAUUUUUUACAAACAUCAAUAUUUAGAUAUCAGUGUAGGAUAAUUGGAAAACAACAUCUUAAUGAUUUGAUUUAUAUUCAAAAUAAAAACAAAUUAAUUAGUUAACGGCACUUGGGAAUGCGCCAAUUUAUUCUAAAUCAAAUAACACUGGCCCUAUAAAAAACUAUGCGUUGUACACAUUGCAUAGAAAUAUUGAUAUUGAUUAAUUAUCAUAUUAUUAAACAUUUUGUGACACAAGGAACACGAUUACAUUAUUGCCGUUUCAUUAGUAUUUAUUCUGUAAUAAAAACAAGCUCAUUAUUAUGGUAUACCUUGUUUAUAUUAACAUAUCCAAAUGGUUCUUGAUGAAGUUGUCAUGGAACCAUUUAAUGAAAUUUCGCAUUGUAUAUGAUAGAUUGUAUGAAAUAAUACGUGUAGAAUUUUAUGAAGAAAAAAACAUUAAAAUUUAAACGUUUUGAAGUUUGGAAUUAUUUAUUUUAUGCUUUGAUAAGUUAUGCACAAUUAGAUCUGAUCUUGACUGUAUGAAAAGUUCAAAUUUUUUAAUUCUGUUUGUAAAUCCUAAUUACCUAUAUAAUGGCAUUACAUAUUGACAAUGCUGCAUUGUGUUAAUAUGUAAUAUCUUAUAACAUUAUUUAUUCUUUUUGGGUGCUAUCUUAGUAUCUUAUAAAUUCAGGUUCAUUUUUAAAGGUCUUAUAUUAUAGCAUUAUAUUACUAUAGCAGUACCGACAGACAGCAUUUACAUCUUCAUUUGAUUAAAGAAAUAUAAUAAACAAGCAUUCAGGGUUUAAUUCUAAUAUCAUUCAGUUUAACUUUUAAUAUUGCAUUAUUUUUUCAUUUAAAUACUUUAUGAACGAUUAAUAGUCGUUUAUAUUGAAACUGUUGUUUUCAUUAUUUUGCUGAUAUUUUAUAUUUUAUUUCUUACGUGUUCAACAAACUUUUUAUUACUUCGAAUUGCAUACAAUGAACAACAAAGUCAUACAACUAGAUACCCUAAUCUUUAAAAAUUUUGAGCCAAUUUCAGUUUAAAAAUAAUUUUAAAUAUAAAUAUUUAUGCAACAUUAUGUUAUAUAUAUAUAACAUAAUCUAUAGUUUGAUUAUGUUUAAUGCAACGAACCAGCGCGGUACCUUUGUAGUACCUUUCUCAGCUUCAAAGUGAUAUAUGUAUAUAUAUGUAUGAUGUACUCCAAAAGAGGAUUAAUUAUAUUUCAAUGGCACUAUAUAUGGCAAUUGAUCAAAAACAGUAUCUGUGCCCUAUUUUUGUAGCCAAGAGAUAUUUUGAAUAUAAAAGAAAUUCUGAUACUAUUUGUAGCAUUUUGCAAAAAAAAAAGAUAA